ACCUUCCUCAGCAACAAAACUACUAAGGAAUCAUGGCAGCCACAUUUGCUAGCUUAUCAGCUGUUACAGGGUUGGGCAGUAGCUCACUUUCAUCCCCUUCUCGGGCUUCUUCGCCAAAGAAAAUCUGCCAGCUCAGGAUUUGUGAAAUCUCCGGUGGCAGCUGGAAGCCCCUUGAGGCUAGCAGGUGCUCAUGGAGGAAAGUUCAUGUGCUUUGAGAGGGAUUGGCUGCGCAAAGACCUGAAUGUGAUAGGGUUUGGAUUGAUAGGGUGGCUAGCACCAUCAAGCAUACCAGCAAACGGCGGCAAGAGCUUGAGUGGUCUCUUCUUUGAGAGCAUUGGUACUGAGCUUGCUCACUUCCCUACACCUCCUCCCCUCACUUCCCAGUUUUGGUUAUGGCUGGUGACUUGGCACCUAGGGCUAUUCAUUUGCCUUACAUUAGGGCAAAUUGGCUUCAAGGGAAGGGCUGAUGAGUACUUCUAAACUAAAGUACUAGCUAGCCUGCCUUUGCUUGUAAUCUAUAUAUGCAUGAUAU